AUGUCGCUUAAUGAGCGCCCCAAAUUGGCAGAACCCAACGACUGUUCAGAUCUGUUGCGAUUGGUAUUUGGGGGCCAUACGUUUGUCGCACUGGAAAAUGAAGAACUGAGUAGGUUGGUUGAGACUACUUGUUUGCUGGCUGCCGGACCGGCACUUGAGGAUGACAGGAUUAUUCCGCCUUCUAGAGAGCUUUUCUGUGUGGCAAUCCAUCGAUUUGCGAACGCUCUAAAUCGCGGUCCCGAACCCGGAAUAUGGCGUUGCAAACUGGUGCUUCUGGACAACUAUGAACAUCCCCUGAAAUUCCCAAAUGCCUUCCAUCAGUUUGUUUGUGGAACGGUCUUCUGCCUAGAUGCUGCUCAGAAGCAGGAUUCUGAGCUACCACAGAGUUCAACACGUAACUAG